AUGGCUAAGGUCAAGAAGGAAAGCAAGUCGGCUGCUGCGCCAAGCAAGGCGUCAAGCAAGCCGUCAAGCAAGCCAAUCGAGACCGUCAAGGCUGGCCGUGUGGCAAAGCCAGUUGAGAGCGGAAAGAAGACCGCAAAAGAUGUUGCCAAGAAGGUUGAGAAGAAGUCAAAGAAGAGCAAGAAGGAGCCCACUCCUGAGCCUUCCAGCGAGAGCGAAGACGGUGAGGACACGAGCGCAAGCUCUGCCAGCAGCGACGAUGAGAGUAUGGAGGUGGACACCAAGGCAAAGCCAAAGACCAAUGGCGCUGCCAAGGCUGUCAACAAGAAGGACGAGUCUGACAGCGACUCUGACGCUUCUUCCGAUUCCGACAGCGAGGAAGAGGCUCCGGCCAAGAAGCCCGCUGCCCCGAAGACCAACGGUGCAUCCAAGGCGGCUCAGGACGACGACGAGUCUUCCGACAGCUCCGACAGCGAGGAGGGAGGUGCCAAGGUUAAUGGCAAAGCUGCCGCCACCUCCGACGAGAGCGACGCCUCCGACUCUGAAGCGUCUUCCGCAUCCGACUCUGACGAGGCCGAGGCGAAGGCCGGCGCGGGUGCCGAAGAUGCAUCGUCCGAUGAGUCGUCAUCUGAUCAGGAAGAAGAGGUGAUCAAGACCGAGCAGCCGGUGAACAAGAAGCGCAAGGCUUCUGAGACCGUCACGCCGGCUGGCAAGAAGUUGAAGGUCACGGUCGAAGGCCAGCAGAAGGACGCCACGGCCAACUUGUUCGUCGGCAAUCUGAGCUUCAACAUCGACGAGGAGUGGUUGACGCGCGAGUUUGAGGAGUUCGGCCAGCUGAAGGGUGUCCGCAUCAUCACCGACCGUGAGUCCGGCAGGAGCAAGGGUUUCGGCUACGUCGAGUUCGAGGAUGUCACCGACGCUGUCGCAGCAUUCGAGGGCAAGAACGGCGCCGACGUCGACGGUCGUGCCAUCCGCGUCGACAUGAGCAACCCCCGUCCCGAGCCUGGUCAAGGCCAGACCCCGCAGCAGCGUAGCUCCGAGCGCGCUCAGAGGUAUGGUGAUGCGCCAAAGGAACCAAGCACCACUCUCUUUGUCGGCAAUCUGUCCUUCAACGCGGAUGAGAGCGCGGUCUCGGCAUCCUUCGAAGAGUUCGGCUCGAUCAACGCGGUUCGUCUGCCCACCGACCGGGAGACCGGCGACUACAAGGGAUACGGGUACGUUGAGAUGGGCAAUCUCGAUGAGGCCAAGGCUGCCUUCGAGGGUCUUCAAGGUGCGGAGAUUGCUGGACGUGCGAUCAGGCUCGACUAUGCUACGCCCAAGUCCAACGACUCGCCGCGCGGUGGGUUCGGCGGUCGCGGAGGUGGCCGAGGCGGGUUUGGCGAUCGUGGCGGACGAGGUGGUCGAGGGGGUAGGGGUCGCGGCGGCUUCAACGAUCGCGGACGGGGUCGUGGCGGCGGUCGUGGAGGAGGUUCGUUCAACAGGGGUGGCUUCGGCGACUUCUCCGGCAAGAAGACGACCUUCUAA